GUAAAGCAAAUUGAAAAACGAGACUCAGUUUUAACAUCCAAAAACCAAAUCGACAGGCUCACCCGACCUGGAUCUUCCUAUUUCAACCUGAACCCUUUUGAGGUACUGCAGAUGGAUCCUGAAGCCACAGAUGAAGAGAUAAAGAAAAGAUUCCGGCAGUUGUCAAUAUUGGUGCAUCCUGACAAAAACCAAGAUGAUGCAGAUAGAGCCCAGAAGGCGUUUGAAGCUGUAGAUAAAGCCUACAAGUUGCUGCUGGAUCAGGAGCAGAAGAAAAGAGCCUUGGACGUGAUCCAGGCAGGAAAAGAAUAUGUGGAACACACUGUGAAAGAAAAAAAGAAGCAGUUGAAGAAGGAUGGAAAACCAGCCACUGUAGAAGAGGAUGAUCCUGAAGUUUUCAAACAAGCUGUAUACAAGCAGACAAUGAAGCUCUUUGCUGAACUGGAAAUUAAGAGGAAAGAAAGAGAGGCGAAAGAAAUGCAUGAAAGGAAGCGGCAGAGGGAAGAGGAAAUAGAGGCACAAGAGAAAGCUAAACGAGAGCGAGAAUGGCAGAAGAACUUUGAGGAAAGUCGGGAUGGGCGUGUGGACAGCUGGAGGAAUUUCCAGGCAAAUACAAAGGGGAAGAAAGAAAAGAAAAACAGGACCUUCCUGAGACCUCCCAAAGUAAAAAUGGAGCAGCGGGAAUGAUCCUGGCACUGCCCAGGCGCAGCUCUUCAGUCCCCUCCCUGCUUUUAAGGACUCAUUGGCACCUAGAGUAAGAAUUGCUUUUCAGUUGACUGUUUGGUUUCAGUAUAAUUAUUGGUCGAAGUAUUUUUUGUACUCUGUCCAUUUGAACUAGGGCCAUAGUAGGAACUCGGCCAGGACCCCGCUACAUGUAGAACACUUGGCUUAGGAGGUCCCCACCAUUAUUGCUGUCCUGUUUGUCUGCUGCCCUCUAACUCGAUGUUUUGUACUUCACACAGAUUGUGUGUUUCACCACUUCUGUUUCUAGUUUGAGAGCUGAACAAAGCACUGGAAAUGCAUCCCUGCCUUUCCAGGCAUCAUCUUUCCCAGCAAGUUCAGCUUCGGAAAGGUCUGAACUGACUCUGGGAAUCUGCUUCCAGCAUUAUGCAGUGCAUCUAACCUGCAGUUCCAGUCCUGCAGCUCCUCACUGAACUGGGUGGUGCUUGGAAAGACGCCUCCCCCCCACCAGAUCUGAUUUCCAACCUAAAAUCCCAGCUCUCAGGCUUAGUCUUCUGUUAAUCUCAGGCCAGCUGGUCCCUUCCUGUAAAGGAAAAAUAACUUCUCUUGAUUCAUAGUUCAGUUGCAAUGGUCUGUAUGUAAAAUAAAUUUUUACCCAAGUUA